CGUCGCCAGAGAAACGAGACCAGGCGCGAAGAAGCGCUCUUUUUGGAUCUCCUGCACAUCGAUUGAUCCGAUUUCAUAUCCAGAACAUAUGAAUACCGAAAUACAGUCAUUCCGGAAGUUUGGUUGAGAUUCAACGAUAUAACGAUGCUACCAACAAAAUUCUCAUUCUGGGGUCAUUUCCCAAUUAUUUUGGUCUGGUGGCUCACCGUCAAUGAUGCUAUUCCAUAUGGAGUCAAUAAGAAGCCGACUCAUCCGUACGCAUUCGAGGGACUACAAGGUCCGGAUCUACAAGAUCUGUCAACGGAUGAAACUUCGGACUCGAAAGCUGAUGAUUGGCCCGAUGAAUUAUUAGAACAUACGACCGAUGUCAACAAUACAAACUUUAAUGUGAAUGUAAAUAGUUUUCAUUCCGUUAAGAACAAAACAAGAUUAUUUGGAAAACCACCAACCAUCCAGACUGAUCAGGAAAUAAGAGGGAAAAAUGAACGAACGAGUAAUACGAAGUCUGUGAUCGAUCACAAUGACACGAGUGUGUAUUGCCUUGAUCAACACAGUUUGCAAUCCAAUGAAGACGAAGCUGUGUUCUACAAGUGCUCGAUCAGGCAACCUGGAAAUGACCAAGUUCAUGGUCAACAUGUUUCCCGCAAUGGACCAGCGAUUGACGUUGAAGAUACGUUUAAAGUGACGGGUGAAAGGAAAGCUAAGAAGACAAGUAAUAUUUAUACUGGAGAAGACAUAACUCUCUGUUGGAUCGAACUAACGACGAUAAAGGAAGACUCUGCCUCGAUUCCUCCGAAGAAGCUCGUCAUCAGAGAAUUCACGAUAUCAUUUGAAAAUGCGGACACGAUACCAGAGAAAGAUAUGGAUUGCUCGAGAAUACGCGGAGAAAUAUUACCGGGUGAAGAAAAAAUUAUUUGUGAGUCGGAUCUCGACGACAUCAUCGUCGAUGACACGAAGAGGAGUCGAGUAGUCGAAUCUUUCAGACAUAAUCGUAAUGAUUCCAUCAAAGUUCGUCAAUAUAAAAAGAUUAAAUGUGCAACGGGUAAUGUAGUAUCUAAGUACAUUUAUGAAUGGCCUGAUAAUACUGACAGUCCGAGAAAGCGAGUGGAGAUCAAAGUAGGGCCUUCGGUACAAAAUGUACGAUCUGGAAAGGAUGGACGAUCUUCAUUAUGUAAACCAAAAGCCGUAGCUACAGACUCUCGUGAAGGUAUGACAACAGCACCUGCAGACGAAUGUUCCUUCGAAGGCGCAUGUGAAAUAAACGCGUCAUGCGAGGAUACCAACACAUGCAAUAAAUCCGACGAAUCUUGUAAAAAUGGCGCAUGUACUUCUACAUCAGUACCCAAGAAAAUACUUACAACCACCGAUAUACCCAAUUAUUCUGAUGAAACACUUCACCCGCCUGAUACAUUGGUCGAUAAUAAUUGUUUAGAUAAUGAUAAUUGUACCAUUGAACAAGCAACAAUUGAACCUGAUAAACUGGCUACAAAAAGCAUUGAAAAUUGCUCCCAGGACGAUUGUACUGCACAACCAUUUGAUGAUACAGAGACAGUCAAAGAUUGCUCUCAAGGCGAAUGUUCGGUAGAGACCACUUCCCACGAAGCGGUUGAUAGUCGAACCAAUAAGCCUGCGAGUUUGUGUACCGAAGAUGAUUGCAUCAGUGAGAAGGAAGUAAUUACUGCAAAAGAUGAGACCUCAAUCAAAGGAAUCAAAGCAUGUCAAGAAGGGAUUGAGUCUUGUGACUGUAGUGCAUCAUCAUGCUCGGGUGAUGCUACUGAAGAUCCGAACUUUUUAGAAUUUGAAAAUCAUGUCACAGAGGAAUCAGCUACACCGUCUGAGAAGGGAAUAACAGAAAUACCUGACAAUCAUACUAAAUGUGACAGCCGAUUUAUGGAAUGCUUGAAUUCAUCGAUGACUACCCUAAAUGACAAACAAACUACCCCCGCCACAACUGUUAGCAAGAAUACUGAAAAGCGUGUAGAGUCUACUAUUAAUGAUGAAUUAAUGUCACCACUACCCGAUCAAGUAGUUACGACAACGAGCUCCACUGAAAAAAUAGCCACGCUGAGUACACUCUUUUCCACAGCAGAUGCAACAUCAAGCAAGAUUCCUUUAACAUCAGCAGUUCCCCUUUGUCUUGAUCCGACAUCGAAGGAUUGUGUGACUGCGGCGACGAUGACACCGUCGAAGGGCACAGAUGAGUCGACCCCCGGAAAGCAAGAAUAUUCCUCGUCUACGAAGGAAAAUACUAAAUUUAGCGUUACGGAAGAAAAUCCUAUUGCUGGGACCGAAACUUUUGAGUUUGAAGAAGAUUCAUCGUGUCAACAAAACUUAACUGGGAAGAAUUGCCGAUCGACCGAACCAAACAGCCCGAUUGGUAUGCAGGUUGAUAACGAAACUUCGCUGUUUCUGCCAGUGUCAACCAGCAAAACUGUUUUGACAUUCUCUGAAGAGUCUAAGGACAGUACGAAUCCGGGAGAUUUUACAUUCACGCCGAUGCCAAUGAUGAGUAAAGUUUCAGAAAUGUCGUUGACAAAAAAUUCAGGACAAUUGCUCAAGCAUCCACGCAUGCCGGACGAAAAAACUUCAACCCAGGACUCGUCGAUAGAGAUUAACUCAGAGUCUUGCGAGUCAUCGGAAAGCUGCAAGUCCACGGGAGACUCGCCGAGUUCCAUCGGUCCUGUCAUAGAUGAUUCAGCAUCGGGGGGUCGUGUAGACACAACUGAGAAUUGUGAAAAUACCACUUGCAGCGAUAUCAGUGAAGAAUGUAUUAAUAAUAUUACGUCGACUGAUGGUUCCAGUGAUUGUGAAGAUGGAUCGUUGAGUGGUAAUUGUUCGGGUAAUGAUUCGUUGGAGGAGAUUGAUUCAAAUGGGAAUAAAACAAUAACCUUAACGACAGAGCCUUCGUUGCUAAACGUCGAACCGAUAUUAACCACUUUUAGCAACGUUUCCUCGACAGCUGAAACUCGUCGUACGACUAUUCAAUCAAAACCGGAAGACGAUAAAAAACACAAACUGGUAUUGAAAAUAAAAGUUUUGCUUGAGCACAUAAACGAAAAAGAGGAAAAAGAAAAAUUAGUCCAGCUCGAGAAGCAUCUUCUUUUGGAUGAAAUGCUCGAUCAACAUGGGAAUCAUAGUUUGAUUUGGCACCUAAAAUCUCUGAACAAUUCGAAUAAUAUUAAAAUCCUUAAAUCGAUAUUUAAUCUCACGGACUUGGCCAACUUGACGGAGGUAUUCAGCCACGUAACCGAGUUUAAUGAGGGAGGUCUGAAAAAAGCGUCCAAAUUGAAGACCGGAGGUGGAAAAGAACACACAUCGAACGAGGCAUUGUCGCGCUCAAAACGUCACGUUUCUCCUUCAAAUAACGUUGAUAAGGAAACAAAUAAUGAUGUUACAACGAGGGUAAAAGCAAUAAAUGGAAGUCUGUCUGGGCUUCAAGAAGAUUUUCAGAGGGGUAUAGGGCACAUUCUUGGUAAAAUAUCACACGAGUUCAAUGGUUCAACGCUGAACGCAAUUGAUAAAAAAAAUGCGGAAGCCUCGAGGUCGACAAUCAUGAAAAUUCUGGCCGUUCCUGGAAACAACAUGAUUCAUUCUCGAAGGCAAAAAAGAGCGACGAAAUUGAAGGACGUGCUGGUUGAAGAAUUGAAACAUCCAGUGAAUGGUGACGAGAUAGGUCGCUGGUCAAACGAGAGGUUUGUAACGGAUGGGAAUGGUGGGCGAGUUCGGAGUCUAUUAGAGUUUGAAAUAAUGAAGAAUCCGAAUGACGAUCUUCGGAGGAUUGGUUCAACAUUGUAGAUGGAUCCAGAUUCUUGCCUCAUAUGUAAUAAACAUUGUAACGGUAAAAAAAUGUAAUAAUAAAUACAAGAAAUUAAGCGUGUA